UGAACAACAACAUCUAUAUCAUGUCAUGACAAUGUCGUUCACUGAUCCAUGGACUUAACAUUUAUAUAACCAUUAGAACAUCCAUCAGAAACAGGCAGAGUCCGGCAAUCGGGAUUCUCCUUCACGUGGCAGCUCGUAUUCGCCUCGCAAUCCUGCUUCGCCCGAGCUUCUUCCAGAACCACAACCCACUUUCCCAAAAGGAAACCCCCCCCCUCCCAAUUGAAACCAUGUUCACCUCUUCCUACUUGUUGGUCACCGCGUGUUGUAUGUUCGCAACAUUGGGAUCCUUCCUAUUCGGAUAUGAUUCCGGGGUCAUCUCCACUGUCAUCGACCAGGAGACCUUCAAACACCGAUUCCAUAGUCCUUCGGAUGCCGCCACGGGCGGGAUCGUCGCCUCGUAUAACGGCGGCGCUAUCAUAGGUUCCUUGGUUGUCUCAUACCUCUCCGACCCGUGGGGUAGGAGACCCGUGCUGUUCGUUGGCGGUCUUCUGGCGACCCUGGGGGCCGCUUUGCAGGCGGGCGCGGUCAAUGUGGCCAUGCUCAUUGCUGGCCGCUUGAUUGCCGGCCUGUCGGUGGGACUGAUGUCAUCCAUCAUCCCCGUCUACUGUAGUGAGGUAUCUCCCCCGCGAAUCCGAAGCUUCUUAGGAUCCCUCCAACAAUGGAUGAUUGGGUUAGGGGCAGUCGUCGCACAAUGGGUCGGAUACGGCUGCUCUCUCCGCACAGGGAACUUCACCUGGAGCUUUCCGCUCGCCCUGCAAGCUCUGCCUGCGAUCAUCCUCAGCGGAGGAAUCUGGUUCCUCCCCGAAUCCCCCCGCUGGCUCAUCGAACGGGGUCGCACCGAUGAAGGCCGCACCACGCUCACCCGCCUCCACGCGGCCAACACCUCCCUCGUCGAGACCGAAUACGCGCAAAUCCGGGCCAGCAUCGCCGAAGAGCGACGCCGCGCCCCGCGCACCUGGCGUGCUCUCCUCUUCACCUCGGCGACCUGGCGCCAUCGCAUCCUCCUCGCCUGCGGCAUGCAAGCCUUCACGCAGUGCUCGGGCACCAACAUCAUCUCGACCUACAACCCGAGCCUCUACCGCUCGCUCGGCCUUUCCGAGACCACCUCGCUCAUGAUCCAGGGCAUCUGGGGCGCGCUCGCCCAGUUCUGGAACACCGUCUUCAUCAUCCUGUUCAUUGACCGGGUGCCCCGUCGCACCCUCCUUCUCCCCUCCCUCGUGGGCAUGGGCGCCACCAUGUGCGUCGAAGCCGCCCUCGGCCAAGCCUACCGCAACUUCACCACCGACCCGCCGCCGCCGGCGACCGCCGUCCGUGCCGCCAUCGCCCUAUUCUUCGUCUUCUCCGUCUUCUUCACCAGCCUGGGCCUCAUCUCCUGGCUCUACCAGUCCGAGAUCUUUCCCACUGCCAUCCGCGCCCGGGGAGCCUCAGUCGCCACCGCCACAAAUUGGAGUUUGAACCUUAUCUUCGCCCAGUGCACCCCGAUCGCGCGCUCACGCAUGGGCUUCAAUUACUUCUACUGCUUCGCCGCGUUCAACUGGGCCGCCGCCCUGCUGGUUUGGUUCGCCUACCCCGAGACCGCGGGCCGGUCGCUAGAGGAGGCCGAGCAUGUCUUCGAUCGCAGAGAGUCGAGAGAUGAAAUGGAUCAUCACCAGGGGCUGGAGCUCCAGCAGGACAAGAAAGGGGGGCUAGCCAUAGUUUCUUCGGCGGAGGCGAGUGCAAUUCCCCUACACCACAGGUGAACCCAAACAUCCCAAUCGACUUGCAAAAUGCAUCUUAAUAUAUAAUAUAUAUAGAUAAACUCCUGUUGUAUAUUAUAGCUGACUGCAUUCUGCAUUGGGGUUCUGCUGUGAGUUUCACAAUUAGCGUUGCAUGAUGGCGAAAUCGAGUCAGUUGUGGUCAUCGAUCAAGAUGUAUAAUAAUCAUGUCAUAGAUAGAUGCUCCAAUUGAUAUUCAAUUACAGCAUCGGAAGAAUGAAAGCAAAAAAGAAAUCUAUGGCUUCAGAGUUCGUUGGUACAAGCUGGGGUAUAACACGCAGUGAACAAAAGGGGUGGUUUGAAG